UGUGAAAGAUUCGGGCCUCGAGUUUUGUAAUCGAUCGCGUGCUCGACGACACAACCACGCUCCUUUAGUAAUCUUUUACUCGCUCGUUAAUUGAAACUUAUCGGCUUGAAAAAUCGACCCAAGGUCGUUUCCGCACACAGCAAGUAGUCAUCGGCUACUCCACGCUCGAAACCAGUGAUACAGAAGCAGCAGCAAGGUGAUAGAUAAUUCGCCUGUAGACACAUCGUACUAUAUAUAUACGUUAUACACAGUCUCGCAGGUACUUGAGUGUGUGCGUCGGUGACUCGCGAAAGUUAUAAGCCGUCGUCUGUGUGCCGCGCGCCUCGGCCUAUACCAAGUAUCAUAUAGUCCGCUUUCUGACUCUGCGACUGUGUGCGAGUAUACGUGUCUCUGCGCGCAUCGUGGUGACGCGUUUUUCGCAUCAGUGAAGCACAAACAUUUGUAUGCUAAGGAGCCUGCAACGAGCCUUCUUCUCGCGAGCAAUGAAAAAGCCCGAAGUGCUGUUCAUCCUCGGUGGUCCUGGCGCCGGCAAGGGCACGAUAUGCUCCAAGAUCGUCGACAAGUACGGCUACGUGCAUCUGUCGGCCGGUGAUCUGCUCAGGGAGGAGAGGGCCAAGCCGGACUCGCAGUAUGGUGAGCUUAUCGAGGGCCACAUCAAGAGUGGCACCAUAGUGCCCGUCGAGAUCACUUGCAGCCUCCUCGACCGGGCUAUGCAGGAGUCCGAGUCGCCCCACAACAAAUUUCUCAUUGACGGUUUCCCCCGAAAUGAGGAUAAUCUCCAAGGUUGGACUAAGACAAUGUCUGACAAAACAGAUGUGAAAGGAGUACUAUUUUUUGAAUGCAGUGAAGAAGUCUGCACGCAAAGAUGUCUUAACAGAGGUGCCAAAGGGAGUGGUCGAAGUGAUGAUAACGCAGAAGUACUAAAAAAGAGACAUGAAACAUAUAUUACUGGCACAAUGCCUAUUGUUGAACAUUACAAAAAGUUGGGACUAGUUUAUAGUUUUGACGGUGAGAAGUCACCAAAUGCAGUAUUUGCUGAUGUUCAAAAAGCUUUGAAAGAGCUUGGAUGGUAAAACCUAUUACCGAUUGUAUUUUUAUUCAAAAAUCUACUUAAAAGAACAGUAAUUAUUUUUUUUACAAGACUAAUGUCAUACUUUUAGUACCAAUUAUUACAAUUUUUUAUUAUAAUUUACUGGCAUGAAUAGUUAGAGAAAUAUUUAACAUUCCUUGUAUAGCACUGCAUCAACUGCAAGUAUCGGGUAUUGUGAUUUUAUGCACUGCAUCGCGGUAUAGCUUGUUAAUAUUCAAUGGUAUUAUUGUUACUUUUCUUUUGUUAUCACCUUGUGUUAAUACAAGUAAUUAUGUAAAUUAAAAUUAAGUCAAUUAUUGCUGCUUGAUAUGACUCCUGAUGCAAAUAUGUGUAUUAUUAACAAAAUAACAAUAUGAGAUAGUGUUUAACUCGUAUAAUGUUAUAAAGUAUUGGCAAUUUUUAUAAAUAAAUUGACUAAAGUUAAAAUUUUUCUUAUAAAAACUUGAAGUACAAAAAUAAAUGUUUCUAAAGUGCAUUAAUUAUUUUUAUUCAAUUAUUGCUAGUUACUAUAAUGAAAGUAAGGUGAAAAAUCAGUUUUUUCUAUUUAUAAUCAUGAAAAAAUG